CUCUACAUACAUAAUGAUAUAGUACGAUACGCAACGCCAGGCAUGAUAGUCCUCAGUUUGCGCACACCGCUUGAGUUAUUCGAGGCCGAAUGUGUUACAUUUUGACGCAUAAAACCCGUAGCGUUUUUGCGGAUAAUGAUCGAUUCACGUAAUUUGUUUUACACGCGUUUAAUUUUAGUGUAAAUUUGUAUAGUGAAACGACAUAGUGAGCGCCGAAUCAAAGUGUUAUUGAUCAAAUCGACGACAUUAAACUGCCUGGUUCAUUUCGUGAGCUAUAUUUCGAUUGAAUCAUAGGUACUUACGAUUAGCUGAUAAAAUGUGAAACAAUAUUUGGCUGUAAUUAUAAGAUCUACUGUAUAACGUUGGAUAUGAUAUAAAAAUAUGUGUAUGGAACCUAGUCCUAUUAUAAAUAAUAUUGAAUGAUUUAUGUACUAAGACUCCAAAAGUUGCCACUAUGCCUUCGUAUAGUCAAGAAAUUAACGUGGAUCUAAGUCCUGAGGAGGGCGAGGGUGCAAUCAAGAGUGAAACAAAAGAUGUCAAAAAGGAGGACGUAAAAUAUAUACCCUCGGAGGAGGUCAACAACGGCGUACCGGCAGGACUGAACGCGGAUCAGAGACUAGCUUUUGCAUUGAGAGAUUUUCUGGUGGACGGUUCUCCGAACAUGGUGUUGGAGGACGGACCCUCUCCUUCCAAUUUAGAACAGAAACUACCUUAUAUAGAUGAAAUCGGGGAUGCGGAAGUCGAGACUGUCCAACUAGAUGGGGAACCGCCUCAAAACCACGAAACGGAAGAAGUUUUGAAUAACGCAGCGUGUCGUUUGAGAAGAUGGCGUGCAGCGUCCCGGAAACUGCGCCGGCCGCGUAUCAUCAACAACUUGAGCUCCGACGAGUGUAACGGAGUGGUGAAGAACUUCAACGUGGGUCACACGGACCUGGCCGACCGGCUGCGGAGCUUGGCCGCGGCUAGCAACAUGUCGGCAUCGGCUGGUGAGCUGCUGUCGCUGGCUCCGCAGCCGCCCGCCGCCACCGCGCCGCCCUCGCCCGGCUGCCUCCUCACACCCUCUCUGGCAGACCAAAGCGCGGCUGAAUACUUCGGCUCAAGUCCAGAGUGCUGUGCCGACAGCAGUGGCGCCAAGAGUAGCAACUCCGCAGGCACCCCCGCCCCGCCGCCUGGCCCCCGAUACAAGCUGGCCAUAGAAGGCUCCGUCAGGGUCUGCUGCUUCCAACACACCAGAACCGUCGUUGACAAGAUCCUAGCCGCCAAGUUCUUCAGACGAUGGGAAACUCAUGUGCUGUGCAUGCAAGACGACCAUGUUGUUUCUAAAACUCCCUCCGGUCUUCUGGAACGUCCCCUGUCGUACAGCUGCAUGCAGGAGGUGUACUGCAUCUCACGCUGGGACCCUGCGAGGAAGUACUGCUUGAGAAUAGUGAUGCCGCACGGGUCACUUCUAUUGCAGGCAAACGAUGCUUAUACGAGAGACCAGUGGUACUACUCAAUCGUAUGGAGGAGAAAUAUGAUACGAUAUCGCAAUUUCUUAACCAAGACCGUUAGAAAAGAAGUUGUUCUGAAGGAAUUAAAGAAUAUGGUGGAUUUCGCGAUGACCACGCCCCUGCAAGAUGAAAGUGUUACGCGCGCCCCGUUGCAAAUUCUUACAGAUUUGCUAGCCGAGGAUAAGGAUAGUCCAGAUUGGGAAGAGUGGGCGGAAAAUAUAUCAAGUGUUGCGGCGCCACUGUUAGCGGAGCGUUGUGUGAGCGGCGAGCUGUGUGCGUUGCUCGCGCGCCUCUGCCGGCGGCGGCCCCGCUCCGCUCCGCUACCCGCGCUCGCUCCGCCUGUGCGCCGUGUCCUCACCCGAAACGUCGACUUCGGCAAAGCGCCCGACGCUCGACAGUUCGUGAGGGAUUACAUUAGUGCGCUGAGCGCGCAGAACUCGGGGCACAGCCUCGUGCGGCGCUUUGUGGAGGUGACGCACGGCAGCGGCGCCGCGUGCCCGCACCCGCGCGCCGCGCCCAACCUCGCGUCCGUGGCGCUGGCCGCCAUCGACGACCACUACCGCGCCCGCCCCGCGCCGCACGUCUGCCACCACGCCGAGCGAGACGUGCUCUGCUUCGCCGACAUCCUGGAGCACAUGUGCGAGUACGACGACUGGCUGGUGGUGGUGGGCGGAGUACUGCAGCCGGUGCCGCUGUCGACGUCAGCUCUCAGCUGCCCGCACGUGGCGGCGCGCCUGGGCGGCGUGCUGCGGCGCCUGGCGAGCGACCCGCGCUGCGCCGCCCACGGGUGCGUGGCGCACGCGCGCGCCGCCCGCCCCUCGCCGCCCUCGUGGCUGCGCGCCGCCGCCCCCACCGACCCCGCUCUCGCGCUGCCGCACGACCAGCUGUGCCAACUGUGGGGAGAUAUGAUGCAAACUCUGCUGAACUGUUGCUGUAAAAGGAAAAGUUUUCUUCAAAGUAUGAGCAGACACCUUCCAGACUUUGUCAUAGUCGGACUCACAGAACAUCAUGCAGCACUAGAGGCUCUGUGUCUAAUGCUGGAAUGGGAAAUAGCCAGCGGAGAGCAAACGCAGUUAGAAAUAAUAGCGGCACUGCAAGGCACUGAAGUAGGACAACAGUAUUACCAAGAUCUGUGCGAUCGGCAGCAAACCUUACAAAGACUACAAUCGCAAGGCGGUCCGCGGCGGCUGGCGCUGCCGGUGCGCGCGACGGACGCCGACGUGGCCGCGAUGCUGGACGCGGGCGCGCUCGGCAACUUGGAGUGCCUCAGCCUGGCCUUCACCAGCGUCACCAGCGCUUGUGCCUACCAUCUCAUCAAGCUACCCUCACUGCGAUAUCUAAAUUUGUGGGCCACAAAGUUCGGCGACAGCGGUGUGCAGCUCAUUGCGGAGCAUCUCCCUCGCCUGCAGGUGCUCAACCUGUGCGAAACCCCCGUGUCGGAUAAGGGGAUCGAAGCAUUGUCCGGUCUGUCAAGUCUACGGCGAUUAAAUCUGAACAGUACAAAGCUGUCUGCAGAGGCGUUCGAGUUACUUCGCAGGAGGUUGCCGCACCUUCAAGAGUACGAUAUCCGGUACACCGAAGCGUGGUGACGGUGGGCUUCGGCACGGCGUCCUUCAUCGUAUUCCAAUGCCACUAUUUAAUAUCUGCUAAUUAUAGAUCUCAUAUCUUUCAAUGGAAGUUGCAGGGAAGAAUUCCUAAUUAUUAUUAUUAUUAUUUUAUUAAAUAACACUAGUCGUAUUAGUUGCGAUCGUUUACGACUGUAGAGGGUUAAAUGAGAUGUCCCACACUCCAUACAUUGUUUGCCCUUGACAAAGAAAGUUAAUGCGUCACAACGAUACUCUUACGUGUUGAUUGUAAUGUCUCGAUUAAUUAUUAAUUUUAUUUUUGAUCAUAGCGAGGUUCAGUAUCAUAACAUCUCACAUAAUACCUAUCUAGAAGGUAAAAAUUAUAUAAUUUUAAAACCCCGCAAAUCCGAGAUUUAUGUUUUCUUAAUACCUUUCAAUAUAAAAAUUGAAAGGUUUACACACAUUAUUAUAUUAUUGGGUCUCUUGGUAUUUUUAAUUUCACUGGCAAUUUUACCACAUCUCCGUUAAAACUUAACAAAAAAAAAAAAAAAAAUUAAAAACUAAUAGUUGGAAGUUUUAAAACUUAUUGAUGCUAUUCUCUAGUUAUUCAAUCCAUUAAAAUUAUGUGGGACCACUCAACUAUCGCCUAUAUAAAAAAUAAUUCAAACAAAUUCAUGCAAUACCGACUAUAUUCAAAGCAAAACAGACUUCCCGGAAUAGAUUGACUAUAGCUACACUUGUUUGUUUUUGUCAUCGACUCCUUCUCGUCAUUCAGUAAAUUAGGUAAUUGUUUUGAAAACGUUAAAUUGCAACAUUAAAUACUUUGCAACGAUUUUUUAAUUACACGGAAGAAACGGCCACAAAUACUGACGAUUAUUGCCAACAUAAUGCAAUUUUAAGUGCAUCAAAAGUUUUUUCUUGUUUCUCUCGUUCUCCUUACACGAGACAAAAACAUUUUUUUAACAAUGUAAUUGAAAGUUUAAACCAAGAACUGUAACUACUAGCCAAAAUAAAUUUACUAAACAGUUGUGUUUUUUAUAUACUUACCAAUUAUUUACAAUACAGUUCAAGUUUAAAACCUAUGCAACUGAGGAACGUUUUGCAGUGCUUUUACCUCAUUUGUAAUUUUUGCCCAUACACCUAUGAUGUUGUGCUUACAAAUCAAUUUAUAUUCUAUUCUAUUUUACAUUAUACCGAGCAAUACAAUAUCAUUAGUUUUUUGAUUAAAAACAGCUAGAUCUGGUACCGCGAUUAUUGAAACCCUCUCAGUCUUACAUAAACUUCAUUUGUCUUUUGUAGAUAGUUUUCAUUACCCGAUUGCAAGGGUUAAGUUAUUUUAGUUUCUAGUAAAGCAAUACCAAUAAUUAUAAUUUUCUAUCUAAGUCAUUUCCACUAUACCUGUAAACAUUUUGAUUUUUUAAUCUAGGCAAUGUAUGGAUCGAAGGCAUGCAUUUGGCAUUUUGAUUUUUGGUUUUCCGAUAUGGGUAACUAUAAUAAAUUUAAAGUAGGUACAGGACAUUAGCAAUAAACCCUUACUACAUAAAUACACACUGUUAUCUUUGCGUACAAUAUCUACAAUUGUUUCUGGCAUUUAAUUCACUGAAAGCCUUAUCGUAAGAUAGAUAACUAGGUAUCUAAAUUAAUAUUUAUUAAUACAAGUUGUCACUAUCUGUUUAUAAUAAAUAAUUAAUUCAUUGUCCUUGUAUGAUGUACUUUCCUACCUUCUUACAUUCUUAAGUAAAAAUAUUGUAGAUAAUAUAAUAAAAUAUUGUACCUACCCCCCCACCUUUAAUAUAAGGUAAAUGCUUGCUUGAUUACGAAGAUGGGAAUAUUCUAAAAUGUCUGAAUAUUUACUAAACCCGCGACUUAAUGAGUUGCAAAACUGACGUAGCAAUAUGAGGGGUACACAGUUCGAAGACUAGAUGGACGUUGGGGUCCUAGAAAAGCGACCCCGCACCGGAAAGCGCACUGUUGGUCGUUCCUUCUAGGUGGACUGACGUCAUUAUCUAAAUAGUCGCAGAGGCUCGGAACCGACAAACAUAGGGGGGCCGUGCCCACCUUAGAAUAGGCCUGUGCCCGCCCUAGGAUUCUGGGCUAUCGGUAUGCAAUUUUAUUAUGAUACUAAUCUUAGAUACGCCAAUCCCAACAAAUGAUCUACGAGUAUAUCCAGCAGUCGACGUGCGUAUGACUAAACCCGCCAAAAUAUUUUUCUAAACAUGCCUGAAGUUAAUAAAAAUUACACCUUGAAAAAAUUUGUAACAGCAAAAACGAUUGCCUGGUAUAUUGAAGUGAUAACUUCUAACAGGAAGGUAAAAAACUAUCCCCAUUUUCGUAACAACCCCAGCAUCUUAAUUUGUAAAUUCUUUGUUAAUUUAUAUAAGAUUGUCUGUAUUUUUAAAAGGUAAUUUAGAAAAUGUGACACCAAACUUUCUCUAACGGUCGUAACUUUAAUAUGUCUACUACGCUUAAUUUUUUAGUAUUAUAUUGUAUUUAUUAUUAUAGACUAAGAGCCAAUGAACCCCAGACCUUCAUCAUUUUAUAAAAGCUGUUAGUUCAUGCUCCUAGCAUAAGUAUUGGACCGCGGUGGCUUUGUGAGGUAGCAGGUUUUAAGGAUCUAGACCCUCAACCGUCUAAGUAUAAAGUGUAAAUUUUCGUGUUUUCCUCGGCAUAAUGUGAGAAAUUAUAUUCCAAGUCGCCAGACAACCCUUCGAAAAACGCUAUUUAAUUUAAAACUUCAAGGGUGUAUAGCGAAGGGUUGCCAUGAAACCAAGUGUCUGGCGAAUUGGGAUGUCAUUUCUCAUAAUAUGCCGAUAAAAAUAUACUUUAUACUUAGGCGGUUGAGGGUUGAGGUUCCUUGAAAUCUGCUAUCUCCCAAAGCCACUACGGUCCAAACUCCAUAGUUGGCGGUACUUAUCUAUAGUAGGAGCAUGAGCUGACAAACUUUCAGCUUUUCUAAAUGACGAAGGUCUGGCAGUCGUUGGCUCUCCGUCUAUUAGCGUCGAGGUAAAGUAUAAGGAAAGAUGGGGCUGUGAGAACGUUGCGCGAUGCGUUGCGUUUGUUGAGUGACUGCCGAUCGUGUGUUCAGUGUGCAAGUAACUUAGAUAUAAUUAAUUAUAUUAAUAAUGCAUUGUUUACACGAGCUUUGUACUUGUCACUUUAUAUAUUGUGUUAGUCUAAGAGCCGGCAUUGGAAAUGUAUACCCUCAUCUGUUACUCAUUAGUGAUAAAAAAUAAAAAUAACGUUCACAGUGACACAUUGCAAAGAGGUUACCUAGUUAAAUUGCGGGUAAAUGCAUUUUUCAUACAAAAUCUAGGAAGCCAUUAACUAACUCAGAUGCAACCUAAUACAUUAAUAAAAUAAAAUGAGCUUUCAUUUUAUUAAUGUAGAACGAUCAAAAGUAGUUCUCAAUACUUCUUUGACUUUUUACACACAAAAUGUUUAUAUUCUAUUCUACUUAUUCUAUGUUCUGCUCAAACAAAAUGGCGCGUCUGUAAUGACAAGUAAAAGCUCGUGUAAACUCUGCUCACUACAAGGUAACCAUUAUAGCAAGUUAAUACUACUUAAAUCACAUAAUUAUAGACCUCUUAUUCACUAUUGAAACAAAGAAACGUUACGAUCUAAAAGUUGUCGUUUCAAUUCAAGUCGUAAACAACACGACUGAUUUCAGACAGUUUCUAAAUAGAUAUAGAUUAUUAAUAAUAUACGAAUUAAAAAUGGUCGAUACAUAAAUUGUUUACCAGCGGAUUUUUGAUUGUACCUACUCUGAUAUAGAUUGUUUUUGAACGAUCUCACAAAUAUACCUAAGUGAAGUUCUUUAAUCUUACAAAAAUAACUCCACAGUAAAACCACAUUAAUAAGAUACAAUUACUAUCGUUUUUUAGGGUUCCGAACGUACGUAGUAUUUAACAUAUAAUUAAAAACAAAAACGAACUAGGCAGGAUCUUAACGAUCAGAAACAAGCCAUUUUCUACAUUACCCUUUGCCUGAAUCCUUCGUUUUAGUCAAAUGUCUGAUAUUGCCAAAAUCAAAUCACGUUAUUCUCUAAUUUUAGUUUAUAUAGGAGACCGACCAUUUUGGGUUCAGCAUGUCAUGCAUAAGCUCUUUCCAAAUCCAUGGUUUCCUGAGAUUUUCGAAAAACCAAUGGUUAUGAUGGUAUGAAUGUUGGUUACUCUUUCACGCCACGAUAACCUACUAAACCGAAUUAAAAACCGGAACGCUAAAUCACUUGGCGGUAGGUACGUCGGUUUUUAUUGAAAUCGUGAAUUUUAUUAUGUAGAUACUUGCUCAUAUUUUGAUUAAUAUAUAACCGUCAAUCAAACUGAAAUGAUACCAAUUUUAGAGUGCUUUUCCACCAGAGAUGUGCUAUGCAGCUAUGCUGCGAAGACGUGAAAUUUACGCUAUGAAAAUAUGUGACCGUUUCCACCAAUACUAAGCUAUGUAGCGCGAGAAAGAUGCGCAGCUCGAGCUACGAGUAUGCGAUGCUCAUAGCAGGCCACACGCAUCCUUCCAUAUAAAUAACAUAGUUGAAUCAGUUUCCACCAGUGCUAAGCUAUGUGCACCAAUGAAUACGUUUGGUGGAUAUCAAACGCAUCCAUAGCAACGUAGCGUAUAGCACAUGUAUGGUGGAAAAGCACCCUUAAACUAAUAUUAUAACGGUUCAAUAUUUAAACUUGGGCCCGGCAAUGUAUGAAAAAUGGUUGGUCUUAUUAUUCUGUUUCAAUAAUGCAACAAUUUUACAUUAUAGACUGAUUUUAUAUCUUAAAAUGUUUGGCUAUGUUGGAUCUUUUAUAUUUUAUAUCACGUUACAUAACACAGACCUGCAUUUUAGAUUUUAUUUUGAAAUCUCCGGAAUUUAUAGGUAAAUAUUAUCGUGGUUCUAAUAAAAUUGUACUAUAGUGGAAGAUUCGAAUAAGAAACGACCUUCACCCAUCUGUUUAAUGGAUGAAGUGUUUUAUAAAAUCUCCUGGUCAAACUAUCAUUAAUGAUAGUUAAUAAUAGUUUUAAUAGUGGAGGUUUUUAGGCAACCUACUUGCAAUAUAACUUUUAACGUACUUAAUUUGAUAUAAAACACUUUUCAUCCGUUAAACAGAUAGGUGAAGGUCGUUUCUAAUACGGAUCUUCAUAUAGAUCUUGCAGAGGAAAAUUUAAAAUACUUAUUAAGUCUGUGUGGAAAGUUAGAUUAAUCGUAGGUAUACUGUUGUUUUAAAAUUAUGGUCAUUGAUAAAGAGGGUUAAGACUUACAAAUUUUUAAUAAAAUUAAUUAAAAUAAUUAA